AUGGCCCCAGGAACGCACGGUGACAUAUGGUCGCUAUGCGACAAUCCGGCAACCCAUUUGCUUCGUGGUUAUGAGGGCGGUGUCUAUAUACAUCCGGAGGCACCUCGAACAAACGACGAUAUCAAUGUCAAAAUUAAUGGCAUGUUAGCAUCUGAUGUUACCGGAGGUCAUGUGCAAAUUGACUUGAGCAUCAUGAAUAUGAUCAAAAUCAAAAAGGAGUUAGACCUUUGCACGGUUCUGCAGAGCGAUGUCAUGGGUCACCGUCCUUGUACUUUAUCCGCAGGAGAUGUAGAAUUAGAAGCCACAGCCUUUAUCCCUCGUGAAAUUCCAAAGUUGCCCCUCAAGGGAGAUAUCCGCAUCAACGAUCAAGAUGGUCGCACAGUCACUUGUAUCCAUCUUGAUUUCAAACUGCAAUAA